AAACCCAACAAACCAAAAAACAACAACAACAACAACAACAAGCAGCGAGAGCUGGAAAAAUGUGCAACGUCAACGCGCUCGGAGUCUACGUGUGGGAGACGAUCGUUUUCUUCAGCCUGGCAGCCUCCAAAGAAGCGGAAGCAGCAGCACGGUCUGCCCCCAAACCCAUGUCUCCUUCUGAUUUCUUGGACAAGUUGAUGGGGCGAACUUCAGGAUACGAUGCCAGGAUCAGACCAAAUUUUAAAGGCCCGCCAGUGAACGUCAGCUGCAACAUUUUCAUCAACAGCUUUGGCUCGAUUGCAGAAACAACUAUGGAUUACAGGGUGAACAUCUUCCUGCGACAGCAGUGGAACGACCCACGGCUGGCGUACAACGAGUACCCUGACGACUCCCUGGACCUGGACCCCUCCAUGCUGGACUCCAUCUGGAAGCCUGACUUGUUCUUUGCUAAUGAGAAAGGGGCCCACUUCCAUGAGAUUACCACUGACAACAAGCUGCUGAGGAUCUCCCGAAACGGCAAUGUCCUCUACAGCAUCAGGAUCACGUUGACUCUGGCCUGCCCCAUGGACCUGAAGAACUUCCCCAUGGACGUACAGACGUGCAUCAUGCAGUUAGAAAGCUUUGGCUACACAAUGAAUGAUCUCAUCUUUGAGUGGCAAGAAAAAGGAGCGGUGCAAGUUGCCGACGGGCUGACAUUGCCUCAGUUUAUCCUCAAAGAAGAAAAAGACUUGAGAUACUGCACAAAGCACUACAACACAGGCAAGUUCACCUGUAUAGAAGCUCGUUUCCACCUGGAGAGGCAGAUGGGCUAUUACUUGAUCCAGAUGUACAUCCCCAGCCUUCUCAUUGUCAUUCUCUCCUGGAUCUCCUUCUGGAUCAACAUGGAUGCUGCCCCAGCUCGUGUUGGCCUGGGGAUCACCACAGUGCUCACUAUGACCACACAGAGCUCUGGUUCCCGAGCAUCACUGCCCAAGGUGUCCUAUGUGAAGGCCAUAGACAUCUGGAUGGCUGUGUGCUUGCUGUUUGUGUUCUCUGCACUUCUAGAAUACGCUGCCGUCAACUUUGUGUCUCGGCAGCACAAAGAGCUGCUCAGGUUCAGAAGGAAGAGGAGGCAUCAUAAGAGUCCCAUGCUGAAUCUGUUCCAGGAGGACGAAGCUGGGGAGGGCAGGUUCAACUUCACUGCCUACGGGAUGGGACCAGCUUGUCUACAAGCCAAGGACGGCAUCUCUGUCAAGGGCGCCAACAACAACAACACGGCCAACCCGGUGCCACCGCCGUCGCGCUCGCCCGAGGAGAUGCGGAAGCUCUUCAUCCAGCGAGCCAAGAAGAUCGACAAGAUCUCCCGCAUCGGCUUCCCCAUGGCAUUCCUCAUCUUCAACAUUUUCUACUGGAUCAUCUACAAGAUCGUCCGCAGAGAGGACGUGCACAACCAUCAUGGGUUUGCCGAUCAAACACUUUGUGACUUUUGCACAGAGGAAAGCAAAUACAUUAUCUCUCUCAUCCCCACCAGAGAGCUUCCAAAGGAAACACAGGAAGGACAUCAGGGCCUUCAUCAGAAAUCACAGGUACCUUCUGUCCUUUCAAACAACCUGGCAGGCUUCGAGUCCCAGGAGGCAGAAAUGCUAUUCAGAAUGCUAGAAAUCAUGAAGGAUUUUAAAAAUAGGGUUUCUUUCAUUUUUUUGGUUGGUUUUGUGUUGGUUUUUUUUUUUUUCCCAAACCCCUUUCUGCCAUGUUUGUUUACAAUGGGGGGAUGGAAGUGAUUGUAUUUAAAAUGUAGAGAAAACAGGCAUCUUCUUGCCUUGUUGAGACAGGACCGGGCGUAUGGCAAUAUUGUCGGGGGGGGGGGGGGGGGGGGGCAGGUGUGUAUAGAGAGAGCAGCUCUUAUUUUCAGACAUUUCAUAGCAGUAAUAUUAAUAGUGAAGCUGGGCCGAUGGACCCAAAACUCUAUUUUUGUAUCUAUUUUGGUGCUGCAUUUACUUUUAACAUGGAUGGGAAGAUGGAGCAGGCUGCUUUGCCCCUCCCUGCUUUCCCGGCGGAGGCUGGCACAGCUUGGUGGGGAUGGGGAAAGGGGGGAGGGAGGUGGGAAUGGGUGAGCAAAGGGGUUUCCCUUUGGUCAAGUGGUAGCACACGUUGGUGUUGGUGUUUGGGGGUAGGGGAGAAUGUGCCAAACACCUCUAGGGUGUGACUUGAAAGCCUGGCUUGGGGCCAGUGGGCAAGUUAAGGGUUUGGUGUCCCACUUGCCUCUCUGAGACCCUGAGUGUGAGCUGGCUGCAGCACCCAGGGUGGCUCAGCUGUGUUUGUUUGUUUGCACUUUAGUAAGGCAGGUAAAAGAGAGCACGAAGGAAGAGACAAUCAGUCUGCACUGAAGCACUUGGGGUCAGGUCUGGAUUAGGCACUAAACGAAGGCAGAGAGACAAGUGGCACCCAAGGGAGGUUGGAGUCAUGUUCAGCCACGGGUGUCCCAACCAGCACAGCAAGAGGCAGGCAUGGGAGAGGGCAGGGGAGCCCGGGACCUGUGAGCUGUCCUACACAGGGGUGGUGCCAAGUGGACAAAGCCCAGAGAAAGCCCCAGGGCUCUCUUGGGCUGGGUAAGGGAACUCCCAUCUCCAAGGCUGCCAAUUCAGCACCUUUCACCAGCACUAAAUACACUUUAUUUAAAGAGAGA